AUGGAGCUCGCAGACGGGAGUGCCAUGGUGGUGGCAGUGAAGACUGCCCUUGGUGUGCCAGACGAGGAGACUGCCAAGCGAAUGUUCAGGGAGGCACACACCUGGUCGAAGCUCAAGCACCAAAAUGUCCUCAGCACCCUUGGAAUAACCUUGGACUUUGACUUCACGGUGUCACUAGUAUCUCCGUGGAUGGAUGGAGGUAGUGCCCGUCACUAUGUGCAAAAUCCAGACAUAGAUCCCCGUCCUCUUAUCAAAGACAUUGCUCUCGGACUUCGUUACCUACAUAGUCAUCCGAAUGGUCGAAUAAUUCACGGUGACUUGAAGGGCGACAACGUACUGAUCACCUCUGAUGGUCGAGCCGUUCUUACAGACUUUGGACUUUCCAUCCUGGAGAAUUCCACAUUCAGCAUGACCGUAAGCCGUGAGGUUGGGGGCUCAUUGCGUUGGAUGGCUCCGGAGUUGGUAGAUACCUUGGGUUCCCAAGACCCGAGGUUCACCGUGGAAACUGACAUUUGGGCUUUUGCGAUGACGACUUUGCAACUUUUUACCCGGAAAGUUCCCUAUUAUCAGCUGAACAAUAUCACCUCCGUUGAAUCCCGGAUACUCAAGGGGCCUCCCGAACAGCCAUCCAGCAAGGAUACCUGUUCUCGUAUGACAAACGAAUGGUGGGACCUAUGCUUGCGUUGCUCGCGGAUGGACCCAUCCUCACGCGUCGGGACGGAGGAUGUCGUGGAGAAAACUAGGGAGCUUCCACCCAGUGCGUGUGUAGCAUUUACAAUGAGUUCGAAACUGAACAGAAACCGUGGCUUGAUUCAACCAGGAAAUGACAUUGUUAUCGUAGUAAUGGGACCUACGAGAUCAGGGAAAAGAAACUUCGUUAAUAAACUCACGGGUUAUGAAGGGGAUCAUGGCGCAGAUGGACCCACUUCUCCCAUGCAAGCCGUUCGGGAGUUUGUAUUGGACAUCUCUCGGGGCAAACGCUAUGUCAUUGUGGACAUACCGGAGUUCGACGAUGCUUCCAAAUCGGACCAAGAUAUUCUUGGAAGGGUUGCUGAGUGGCUACGAAACAAGUAUUUGCAACACGUGAAGAUUGCAGGGGUUGUCUACACGCAUCGCACAACCGACCAUCGCAUGCCUACCUCAGUGCGUGAAAACCUCGCAAAGUUCUGCGAGUUUUGCGGGGGAAACGCUUCACAGCGCGUGCGAUUGGUGACUACAAGGUGGGAUGAAGCAAGUGAUGCAGGAAAAGUACCGAGUUGGGUCUCGCUUUUGGAGGGGGGCUUGUGGAAACCUCCUACCGCAUUAGAUGCCCGACACGAACAAUUCGUCAAUACGCAGAACUCAGCAUUGGAUAUCGUAAACGGAUUGGUAGGGCAAGACGCUCAACUGAGCCCUGAAGAGGUGAGAGACGCAGACAUGCAGUUGAACGAGAUUAGUGUUACGGGUACAAGGAUAUCGUCAAUUCCCCAGUGGUUUGGCUCGUGGUUUUCUUCGAGGAGCUCUGUCUGA